AUGCGCGGUGCCGGGUGGCGGUUGGUCGCGAGGCUGAGAGCGAGGCAGGGCGCCCCGCGGGCUGGCGCCGGGCUCGCGUCUGAGCCGAGGAGAGGCACUUGUUUGCCGUCAUGUCGCGCGGGGCGAGCGCGGGCGGCGGCUACGGCAGCAGCAGCAGCGCCGAGCCCGGGCCGCAAACUUCCCGCCGCGGGGGCGCAGGCCAACGGCAGUUUGGAGGCGGGCGGCGGGAAGCUGCGGAGUCGCGGCGCCGCCGCCGCCGCCGAGUGGGAGGACCGGGCCCCCCGGAGAAGCAGCAGCGGCCGAGGCGGCAGCGGCAGGCGGGAGGAGCAGGCCGCCGCCGCCGGCAGCGCCGAGUGUCAGGUGUUCGACGACGGCACCGUCACCUUCUUCUGGAGAGCUCACACAUUGACAGUAUUGUUCAUCCUCACUUGUGCUCUUGGUUAUGUUACUUUAUUGGAAGAAACCCCUCAAGACACAGCCUAUAACACAAAGAGAGGGAUUGUCGCCAGCAUUCUUGUGUUUUUGUGUUUUGGAGUCACUCAAGCAAAGGACGGGCCGUUUUCCAGACCUCACCCAGCAUACUGGAGAUUCUGGUUAUGUGUCAGUGUCGUGUAUGAACUGUUCCUCAUUUUCAUACUUUUUCAGACUGUGCAGGAUGGACGUCAGUUUAUGAAGUUCAUAGAUCGAAAACUCGGUGUUCCUUUGCCAGAGAGAGGCUAUGGUGGGAAUUGCCUUAUCUAUGAUCCAGAAAAUAAGACUGAUCCUUAUCACAAUAUCUGGGACAAGUUGGAUGGAUUUGUGCCAGCACAUUUUCUAGGCUGGUACCUAAAGACACUGAUGAUUCGAGACUGGUGGAUGUGUAUGAUAAUCAGUGUGAUGUUUGAGUUCCUGGAAUAUAGUCUGGAGCAUCAACUGCCGAACUUCAGUGAAUGCUGGUGGGACCAUUGGAUAAUGGAUGUGAUUCUGUGCAAUGGAUUUGGAAUCUACUGUGCAAUGAAGACACUGGAAUGGCUUUCAAUGAAGCCAUAUCACUGGCAAGGACUCUGGAAUAUUCCCACUUACAAAGGCAAAAUCAAGCGGAUUGCUUUCCAGUUUACACCAUACAGCUGGGUUAAGUUUGAAUGGAAGCCAGCUUCGAAUCUCCGCAGGUGGCUGGCAGUUUGUGGAAUUAUUUUCAUGUUCUUACUUGCAGAACUGAAUACCUUUUACUUGAAGUUUGUGCUCUGGAUGCCACCUGAGCACUACUUGGUCUUACUGCGCCUCGUUUUCUUUGUACACGUGGGAGGCAUAGCAAUGAGAGAGAUUUACGACUUUAUGGAUGAUCUGAAAUUCCAUAAAAAGCUGGGCCAACAAGCCUGGUUGGUGGCUGCCAUCACAGUGACAGAAUUUCUAAUCGUGGUGAAAUAUGACCCACAUACGCUUACAUUACCGUUGCCUUUUUACGUCACGCAGUGCUGGAUCCUAGGAUUCAUGCUAAUCCUGACUUGGACGAUAUGGCGUUUCUUCAUACGGAACAUCACAUUGCGGUGCAAGGAAACGAAGCGGCAAAAACACGAGAACAAAACGGAAAAGGACAAACUGGACAACUACAGUGCAAACCCCUUUGUAAAAGCCAAACUAAAUGGGAAUGAUGUCCGACAAAGAAAAUCUUGAAUGAUGAAGAGAAGAGACGGUUUCCUGUGGCACCAACAAGCCCAUUGUUACAUCUGGUGAUCCCAGCAUCACCAGAAUCCAGUUUCUCUGUUGGCUGUCAUUGGUACAAUUUUAGGCAUGGACAUAUAUGCUAAAUAGAAUUGUAGUUACAGUCACCGGGUCUUUAAUUUGAAUAUUAACUUUUUGCAACACUAACAAAAUAAUCCUAAUGUAAUGAAACUAAACAUUUCUUCCGCAUUUUUAUCCCAUUUGGAUCAAUGUCUCCUACUCUGGUUGCACUACACGCCAACCUAUGGUGACGCAGACUUGGCUAGUUCAUACUAAGUUCUGAAUCACUUGUUGAAGAACACUGAAGUGUGGUACUGUAUCAUACAAUGACUUACAUAGCCUGUUCCCUGAAGCAAAUUUUAAAGCGGUCAGCUCUGUUAGAUAUCUCUGGAACUUUGAAACCAGGAGGCAUUUGGCAUCCCAUGCUCAAUAUUUAAAAACCCAAAGUGAGAGAUAAAGGUUGGCGCUGCAGGAUAUUGGCCCUAAAUACUUUAGCACAUUUUUGUAAGUGUGGUGAAAUUCUAAAUUGUUGCUGGUGACACCUAGUGGUGGAAUAGCACUAUGAAACCAAUCUUUAUUUUUUAUUGGAUUUAAAAAAUUGCUCCAAUUAUCCAAUUGCAGAACAUUAGGUGUCCAAUAGGAACAGGUAGAUAUGGGGGUUAAAUCUUAACGCUGCUGGCCAGUGUUUGUAAGAAAGGUUCUUCCAUAUAAUUCUUAAUGCAUUGAGAACUUGAGUGGCUGAGGAUUUUUUUAUAUAUAUAUAAUAUAUAUAUAUAUAAAAAGAGAGAAAAUGUCCUGGUUUUGCUUUCAUGAAGUUAUGGUGUUUAAGAUCCUGCAGCAAUAAUGGUUUUGGCUUUAAACUCAUAAAAGCCAUACAACUGUCAUUUUCUAUCCAAGUAUUGGAAUUGGUGGUGUUUUUGCACUUGGGUAGCUUUGUAAACUUGAAUUAUUUUCUUAUUUGCUAAAUUGUGACUGUUUUUUAAGCUAGUAAAUUGUCUGUGAAUACUGGGUACAAGGUAGGAUCAGUAAGGUGUUCAAACAAAGCAAAAAAAAGUGCAAAAUAUUAAGAGAUAUCAAUGGUAACAAAAUUGACUAAUACUGUAUGAACUUUUGUCUUAAAUAUAAAAAGUAAAAUAGAGGUUUUCUCCAGAGAUAACUAGCCUAUUUGGUGUAAGCUAGAAUGCCUUGAUCGAUUCAGAAGGAAAUGUAACGAUGGGACAUAUUCUCUUUGGAGCAACGUUCCAUGACCAUGUCCCACCUAUUAUUUUUUACAUGCUGCUGUGGUUUUGUUUGACUUUAAGGAGAUUGGGGGUCCAUUUGGUUCCUACCUAGAUCAAACACAGAGAGCGUUAUAAGUUUGUUAAAUAUCAUGUUAAUCGCUUCAGAGAAUGAAUGGAAUUAAUUGGUGCCGUUUUGGUAUAAAACAAGAUGCUCUGGUUAAACCCCAUCAAGUUGCAUUAGGAGCCAUUAUUCUUUUAAAUGCAUCUGAAUGCAUCUAAAUGCAUUUGAAGUGACUUGAUCUGACUAUAAGCUAUAGUACAUAUUUUCCUGCUGUACAGUAAGCUUAACCUUGAAGCAGAUACACCUCACACUGUUGUAAAUGUACAUUUUCCUUGAAGUAACACCUCGCACUUCUGUAAAUGUAUAUCUGCCCCAGAGUUAGCACAUAACUCUUUACUGUAUGAUACGCCUGCCCUCAGGAAGCAUGCACCCAAGUCUACUACCUUUCCCAUCAUAUAAGUGUAUUCCCCUCUUCUACAUUAAGUAUGCUCUUAAGAAAGUAAGGACAGGCUUAAUGUAGAAGUCUCACUGUAUUUGUUUCCUUUAUGUAGCAUAAAAUUCAAUCUACAGUACAGUAAACCUGCCCAUGGUGAUGUGUACACUUCAUCCUACCACCUUUUCCUCAACUAAUGUAUGUCCUGCUCCACUGUACAUUUAAGCUUGCCUCUGAUGUGCAAUACACCCUAUCCUGUGGUACAGGAACAUUGUAUCUGUGGUGAUGUUUGCUCCUUCCUGCCCCCCGCCCUUUCUAUAAAAUUCUGUCCUGAAAGUACCUUUAUACACAUUCCUGUUAAUUUUAGGAAGGUUGCACGGGCAACAUACAUUUCCUCAAUUUUUCUUCCCACUCCCCGCUCCAUGCUACUCAGCUGUAAGGUAAUCCUAGCCUGAAAUUUUGGAAUGUUUUCUAGCAGAAAGUCUUUGAAAUGCUUCUCACAUCUGUUCCAAUUCUUAGGAAAUCAGUGUUUUCUCAAAGCUUCUGCUCGUGUUAAAUUAAUGUGUUUGCAGUUCACACACUGCAGGGACUCUCAAGGUUUUAAUUUAAGCCAGCUUUGUUUACAUUAACCCUUUGAACACUGAAUAUUUUCUAUUGGUGGAGCUGUCUUGAAAGUGAUUUUCUACACGACACUAGGAUAACCGUGUACGCUAUUAGAACUGAUCUUGAAUAAUGUAUAGAAUUUCCUUUUCAAAUCUAAGUAAACUGCAAAUAUUUUUAACAUUUGAAAUAUCGCAACAGCCUCUCUAGGAGCCCUGUGGGUUUCUUGAGGGUGGGAUUUACGUAGAUAUGACUUUUAGAGUGGGGAAGUUGGUGGAGACAUUUUGGAUCAUUCAAUGAGAUAUUCCACACAGUGCUUGGACAUCUGUAUAAUAAAACACAGUGCGAAAUGGACAGGAUUUUAAUCAUUUGAAGACUUAACUUCUGUUACUUUUGAAAUUUGCUUCUUUUUUGUAAUAUUUAAAACCUAAUUUAGCAACUGAAAAGUAGGGACCAUUUUACAAUAUCGUAGAAACUUUUGGAACUUUGCUAGGUCGAUUUAAGUAAAAAANUUAGCAGUGUGACUGACCUGUAUUGUCGCGCAGUAAAAGGUUGAUUUCCUAAAAUGACUGUUCACUGUCGGUAGGUAACUACAAAUGCUCGCUCCAGUGUGAUUUCUUUUGGAAUUAUGGACGCUGAGUGGGUUUAAGCGCGAGGCACAGUGCUGUGUGUUCCUUUUGACCCACUGGGUGACUCCUGCCCACCAGUGGUGGCAGAAUGUAUACUCUGUUCUGUACCUCGGCGCAAUAGUGCUGCUGUUGUCCUCAAAAGGUUAACAACCUUCUCUGUCUGAGCCGUAUUAAUGAAUGAAGCAAAACUGCACAAGGUGCGUGUUACUAGAGAUUCAAUCAUGUCAGGGUGAGGCUGGACAAAGUGCCUAAAUGUAGCCAGUAUCCCUUUCUGUUACCCUUAGACUACACUGCAAUACUGUUUGUUACACACACACACAAUGUGUAAUGCAGCAGUGUGUCUUAUUUGAUUUCUACCACAAGAAUAAGCUAAACUACUUAAUAGUGUUUUAUUUGACUUGAGAGUUGUGAAAGGGAUCCUGGCGCUUUUUAUUCUCAUUGUGUAUGUUAAUAAAUGCCUACGUGUCAGAUUCUUAUCGCUACUAUGUAAUCUCAGAACAUUAAUAGUUUUAUGAAACGUUUUACAUAGUGAUGCUCAUCUCAAACAGUUGUGCGUCUGGAGAACUCAUUGUUGCAAUAUGUUCUAAAUAAACUGGAAAGUAUGAGA